AUGACAAUCACUCUAGAACUUGAACUUUAUAACUCUCAAAUUCAAAGAUGGCCCGAGUCCGGAAAACAUAUAUUAGCCCAAUAUGAUAAUAAUUCAAUUGUGGUAUAUCAAGCAUUUAAAAAUUCUAUUGCAGAAUAUGCUUUGAAGAAUCAAAAAUUUGGUGGGGAUGAUUAUUCAUGGAUGACUUGGAUCAAACCUAAUUUUGUUUGGAUGAUGUACAGAUCUGGAUGGGCUACAAAAAGAUAUCAAGAAAGGGUCUUAGCUAUAAAGAUUUCUUUAGAAGGAUUCAAUUCAAUUCUUUAUGAAUGUGUUCCCUCAUCAUUUGGAGCUUCACACUUCUCAGAUGAAAAAUCAUGGAGAAGGGCACUUGAAAAUUCAAAUGUUAGACUGCAAUGGGAUCCUGAUCAUGAUUUAAAUGGAAAAAAAUUAGAACGGAGAGCUAUUCAGUUAGGAAUUCGAGGCGAAAAAUUGACAGCCAAGUAUUCAAAUGAAUGGAUUUUGAAUAUAGAAGAUAUUACAGAAUUUGUUAAAGAACAGUACGAGCAUGUGAAAAGUGGAAAUCUUGAUAUGGUCUGGACUCCAAGAGAGGAGGUAUAUGAGAUUAAAGAUGAAAAAGUUACAAAAAUUUUGGGAAUUGAUUCUCAAGAGAUUUCGGGGUGA